CGCAGUGCAAUUUGUAUCCCCGUAGGUACAUCAGGAUGCCUCCACGCACUUUCGACACGCUUUUGCACCUUUUGAGACCUCACAUUCAAAAGAAGGACACCAACUUCCGCAAGGCAAUCAGUGCCGAGCACCGACUUGUACAAACUUUGCGAUUCUUGGCUGCUGGGGAAACGCUCCGCUCUUCGUCCUUCAAUUUUUUAGAUGGGCGUUUGACAGCAUGCGAGAUUGUGUCAUCAGUGUGUCAGGUGCUGUGGGAUGUACUUGGCCCUGUAUAUGCCGCUCGUCCAUCAAGUGCAAGCGAGUGGCUACAGAUUGCAAGAGAGUUCGAGGAGCGUUGGAACAUGCCCCACUAUGUGGGCGCAAUUGAUGGGAAACAUGUUGCCAUCGAAUGCCCUGCCAAAUCGGGAAGUGAGGACUACAACUACAAGAGCUUUUUAAGCAAAUCGAUGCUCGCCAUCUGCGACGCAUGCUACAGGUUUCUCUACGUUGAAGUUGGGCACCAUGGGAGCGAUUCAGAUGGUGGAGUCUUCGGCCAAAGCAAGCUGCAUGACAUUAUUCUUUCAAAGAAUGAAGGAUUUCCCCCUGAUGCACCGUUGGGCAACAUUGGCCAGAUUCCCUUUUACCUGGUGGGAGAUGAAGCAUUCCCUCUGAAGACGUACUUUAUGCGGCCGUAUCCACGCAAAACUGACCACGUUGACUGGCAGGGGAACAUCACAGAAGGCAGCUGGAGGGCGGACGACACCAGCAGUGAUGCGCUGCCACCUCUGCCAAAGACUGGCUGCCAUGCCACAAGGAUCGCUUACAAAGUGCGGGACCUCCUUGCGAAGCACUUCAUCACCAUUGGCAAGGUGCCUUGGCAAGAGCGCAAGAUCAUGGACAAGAGCCUGUGCAGUGGUGUAGCACAGGGCGGCGACUCAACUGUCUCUGACGGCUCGUCCAAGACAACGGCAACAUAG